AUGGAUUCAAGAGACAUCCCACCGUCGCCGCACCAACAGCAUCAACCACCACCGGGAAUGCUAAUGUCUCAUUACCGUAACCCUAACGCCGCCGGAAUCAUGGGUCCCACCUCAACAUCUCAAUCGAUCCAGCACCGUCUACCUUUCGGCACUCUCGCGCCACAUCUUCCUCAAACCCAACCGCCUCAGACGCUUCAGCAGCAGCAACAGCAAAUGGAUCAGAAAACGCUUGAAUCGCUCGGGUUGGGCGACGGAUCGCCUUCUUCUCAGUCCAUGCGAUUUGGGAUCGAUCAGAACCAGAACCAGAAUCUUCAGCCGCAAGUGAAGAAGAAGAGAGGAAGGCCGAGGAAAUACGCUCCUGAUGGUAACAUUGCGUUGGGUUUAGCUCCGACGUCGCCUGCUUCUAACUCAUACGGUGGUGACGGCGUAGUCGGUGAUAGUGGCGGUGCAGGUGGAAACGCCAACUCUGCUGAUCCCCCUGCUAAACGUAACAGAGGAAGACCUCCUGGCUCUAGCAAGAAACAGCUUGAUGCUUUAGGAGGAACAGCUGGAGUAGGGUUUACACCUCAUGUCAUUGAAGUGAAGAUAGGAGAGGAUAUUUUAUCAAAGGUGAUAGCUUUUUCGGAUCAAGGGCCAAGAACAAUCUGUAUUCUCUCUGCAAGUGGUGCAGUUAGUACUGUGACGCUUCGUCAAGCUUCUAAUCCUAGUGGAAGUGUUACUUAUGAGGGACGGUUCGAGAUCGUUACUCUCUCAGGCUCAUUCUUGAAUUACGAGGUGAAUGGUUCCACCAACAGAAGUGGUAGCUUGAGUGUGGCUUUGGCUGGAUCCGAUGGCAGGAUUUUAGGUGGCUGUGUAGUUGGUGCCUUAGUAGCUGCAACACAAGUCCAGGUGAUAGUGGGAAGCUUUGUGGCAGAAGCAAAGAAAGCGAAACAGAGUAGUGGCAACAAUGCAAGGGGACAGAAUCCUGAACCGGCUUCAGCACCGGCUAAUAUGUUGAACUUUGGAUCAAACUCUCAGGGACCAUCAAGCGAGUCAUCAGAUGAGAAUGAGAGUGGUUCUCCUUCCAUGCAGCGUGACAACAAUAAUAAUGGGAUUUAUGGAAGCUCUGUGGCUCAACAACAACAAGCUCUGCGUCAGAUGCAAAUGUACCAGAAUCUUUGGCCACCAAAUGGUCAGUGA